AUGGCUCCUCCACCUCCAAGAUUCGUCCCACCAAGACUCAUCACCGAAGAGAAUCGAUCUUUAAUCAACUCAUUCCGCUCGGCCACCUCCACACCUCAAGAAACCGACACGUGUAUGCGAUCCUUGCACAACUUAAUGACCAGCAACGAAGACAACGGCGCGGCUCAGUUCAGAGCGGUGAUCUCAGAGCUAAACGCAGCCGAUCUCCAAAAGAUGGCGUGGCUGCUGACGUCGAACUCCCGUUACUUCUUGAACAUCGCAAGAAACAAGAACGGCUCUACCCGCUUACAGAAGCUCCUCGGUGAAUCUGAUGACGUGGACACCUUCUUCUUGGCCGCUUUCUUCCGCAACUUUCUCCCCCUCAUGACCAACAAGGAGGGAUCAUACGUCGUCUUCGAAGGGCUCCGAGUGUUCAGCAACGUCAAGAAAAUGGCGAUGUUCCCACACAUUAUUGAACACGUGGAUAAACUUGCGAGUGAUCCACAGGGGUGCGUGGCGUUUAACGGUUGCAUAACGGUGCUGGACGAUCAUUUCAUCAGAGGCCAUAUGUUGAACGCGGUGGUGAUCAACGCCGUGUCUUUUAGCUACCAUCAUUACGGGAACUUCGUGGUGCAGCACGUGCUUGACCAAGGUGACUUGCGUAGCACGCGUGACAUUGCGGUUAAUCUACGUGGGCAUUGCGUUGCGCUUUCGUUGAAGAGGUAUGGGAGCUACAUCGUGCAGAAGCUGUUGAAUGCGAGGGAUUUGGCUAUGGUUCUGGUGGUGGAAGAGCUUUUGGAGUGUGGAGAAGAGAGGUUUGUGAGGCUGGCUAGGGAUCAGUUUGGGAAUUUCGUGGUGCGCACGGCAUUGAGAGUUACGCGGGAGGAGAGGGAUGAUCUGUUUCGGGGUUUGGUGAAUAAGCUCAGGCCUUUAGUUCAUCUCUUGGGUGGGUAUUAUAACAUUGCAGCGUUCUUGAACUCGAUCCAUUAG